CGUUCGCUAAGCCCGGCCUCUGCGUUUCCCUCUGCCUCAGUUGUGCUUCCGGCUCGAAGGUCAGGGACAAGAUGGUGCCACCGGUACAGGUCUCUCCGAUCAUCAAGCUCGGCCGCUACUCCGCCCUGGUUGUCGGCAUCGCCUACGGAGCAAAGCGCUACAGUUACCUGAGGCCUCGGGCAGAGGAAGAGAGGAGGGUAGCCGCGGAGGAGAAGAAGAGGCAGGAUGAGCUGAAACGGAUCGAGAGGGAGCUGGCUGAAGCCCGGGAUGACAGCAUACUGAAGUGAGCGGUUCCAGCAGUUUGCAUUGCGCCAGCUCCACAGGCAAAUAAAGCUUUUGAGUUAUA